GCUGUAGCGAGCGGAGGUGCUCGCCAGAGCUCUCGUCUCGUGGGCUUGACUGGGCAAACUUUAUCUUUGUCUGUACAAUACUUUCUUUGCAAAAUAAUUUUAAAUACCAUUGGCGGUAGUUUGUAAAAAAAAAAGUUAUAUUAGUGUCAUCUGCAAAGACCAUAUUACUCAACAUUCUGAUAUGAAUAUCUACAUAAGGCAAAAUCUUCGAACGUUCUGAUAUAAAUUAAUAUAGACAAUUUUCGCAACAUACUGAUACAGAAACGGCGUUGUGAAAUCUUUAUUAACAUAUCAGUUACUUAACGCUAAUCAACGAUUUUGAAGAACAAAAGAACAGGAUAAACUUACCUAACAUGAUGGUAUGAUGUUUGAAACGGGAAGACAUGUUGGACAACAUCCAGGAAUGUUUUUGGUGUGUAUGGAGGGAGUGUUGUGGGGUGCGGGUUGUGUUGAUGACAGUUUUAUUGUUCCUCUGGAUACCACCCACCACCACCUACACUAAUAGCACCACCAAUGGCUCGCUGAGUCUCCCAUUGCUAUCCCAAGAUAUUCUGGCUCGCUAUCCAGGCCAGGAUGACUAUAUAAGUCCCACGCGAGUUGUGUGUAGUUGCAGAGGGGGGCGUGGCUGACCUCCCUUGCAACUUGACCUCCCCGUUGACCUCUGACCCCGCCCUCCUGGUCCUCUGGUACAAGCAAGGCAUCGUCAAACCUAUCUACAGCUACGACGCGAGGGCUAGUCUGGCGGCUCACUAUAGGGAUUCCUUGUAUCUGGGUGCUCGUGUUGUCUUCUACGCCCCCACCCACGCCCACAACGAACACGGGGACAGCCAGGCCGCCUACGGGAGCACCCCCGCCCACGCCUCCUACCUCAGGAUACACGGAGUGCUAGCCAGGGACCAUGGUACCUACAGGUGCAGGGUAGACUUCCAUACAAGUCCUACAUUGACCUUCACUACUAACCUCACUGUAGUAGUACAGCCCCGACACAUAGCCAUUUACGCCGACGGAGGCGUCAAAGUAGGUGCCAUGGCUGGCCCCUACGCCGAAGGGGACACCUUACGCCUGACGUGCCGCGUCACUGGGGGGUCCCCAGCUCCGCAGGUCACCUGGAGGGAAGGGCAAGAGGUUGAGGACCUGACGUCGGAGAUACGAGAGGGCAGGGAGGUGAGAAACAUGCUCGUGGUGCAGGGUCUCAGCAGGAGCGACCUCAGGAGAGUGUUUACCUGCCAGGCCGUCAACUCUAACCUGACGGAACCUCUUAUAGCCUCCACUACUCUCAACCUGAACUUACGUCCGUUGUGGGUACGUCUACUUAGCAGUCGAGAGCCACUGAGUGCUGGGUGGCUCUACUGUCUGGUGUGCCAGGUGGUUGGUGCCAGGCCCCCUCCUGUCUUCACCUGGUACCUGGGAGCUACCAUACUCACCUCACACACAGAGCAAAGCAGCGAUGACGACAACGUAACGUGGAGUGAGCUUCGCUGGGUUCCUCGUCAGGAGGACGACAAGAAGGUGCUCUCGUGUCUGGCUUUCUCCCCAGCACUUCCCUCACUCACACUCUCCGAUGACUGGACUCUCGAUAUAUACUGCUGUAACAAUGGCAAGAAUAGGGAGAGGAAGGAUUAG